AUGAAGCUCAUCUUCUUGGGGCUCCUUGCUGGCACGUUUUUCUCUGCUAACUCAUUGGUGCAGAAGGAAGACCCUGCACCCUACUUGGUGUACCUCAAGUCUAACUUCAACCCCUGUGUGGGGGUCCUCAUCAAGAAAGACUGGGUACUGGCUCCUGCCCACUGCUACUUACCAAACCUGAGGGUCUACCUGGGUAACUUAAAGUCCAGAGUCCGAGAUGGGACGGAGCAGAUCAUCAGCCCCGUCCAGAUCGUGCGCUACUGGAACUACAACCACACCAACCCCCAGGAUGACCUCAUGCUCAUCAAACUAGCCAAGCCGGCCAUCUUCAACCAGAAGGUCCAGCCCCUGGCCCUGGCCACCAGCAAUGUGCGUCCAGGCACCGUGUGUCUGCUCUCCGGGCUUGACUGGAGCUAUGACAACAGUGGCAGACACCCUGACCUGCGGCAGAACCUGGAGGCCCCAGUGAUGACAGACAAGGACUGCCAGAAAACAGAUCAAGGAAAAAGUCACCGGAACUCCCUAUGCAUGAAGUUUGUGAAAGCAUUCACCCGCAUUUUUGGGGAAGUGGCAGUUGCUACAGUCAUCUGCAAAAACAAGCUGCAAGGAAUCGAGGUCGGGCACUUCAUGGGAAGCGACGUUGGCAUCUACACCAACAUCUACACAUACGUACCCUGGAUCCAGAGAGUCACCAAAGACAAGUGA